AGCUCCGCGCGCGCCCGGUCCAAGCGAGCGCGCCCCUGCUUCUGAGCGGUAGCGACUCUCGCGUUUCCUGCUAGGCCUCCAGCCCUUCUCUACCCCGCGUCUCGUUCUUCAUAUCCCAGUCCACCGGCCCGCCAGCGCCCCUGGCCACCUGCCAGCCCCGGACCCCAGUCCUGCGUCCCCAGACCGCCCGCUCCAGAACCAGCCCAAGCUCCGCAGGCCGAGCGCCGCCAUGGGGGUGGAGGGUUGCACCAAAUGCAUCAAAUACCUGCUCUUCGUCUUCAAUUUCGUCUUCUGGCUGGCUGGAGGCGUGAUCCUAGGUGUGGCUCUGUGGUUGCGUCAUGACCCGCAGACCACCAGCCUGCUCUACCUGGAACUAGGAGACAGACCAGCACCCAGCACCUUCUAUGUGGGCAUCUACAUUCUCAUUGCUGUGGGAGCCGUGAUGAUGUUUGUGGGCUUCCUGGGGUGCUAUGGGGCCAUCCAGGAGUCCCAGUGCCUGCUGGGGACGUUCUUCACCUGCCUUGUGAUCCUGUUUGCCUGUGAGGUGGCUGCUGGCAUCUGGGGUUUCGUAAACAAAGACCAGAUCGCCAAGGACGUGAAGCAGUUCUAUGACCAGGCCCUUCAACAGGCUGUGGUGGAUGAUGAUGCCAACAAUGCCAAGGCUGUGGUGAAGACCUUCCACGAGACGCUCAACUGCUGUGGCUCCAACCAACUCACUGCACUGACCACCUCUGUGCUGAAGAACAGCCUGUGUCCCACUGGCACCACCCCAUUUAACUCCCUCCUGAAGGAGGAUUGCCAUCAGAAAAUCGAUGAGCUCUUCUCUGGGAAGUUGUACCUCAUCGGUAUUGCAGCCAUCGUGGUAGCUGUCAUCAUGAUCUUCGAGAUGAUUCUGAGCAUGGUGCUGUGCUGUGGCAUCCGGAACAGCUCCGUGUACUGAGGCCCUGCAUUUUGUACCACAGGGACUCUGCAGUGCCCCGUCCCUGAGUGACCAGAGGCCACCUUGGGGGCCAUGGCCUGUGUAUAUAUUUCUGUAUUACUCUGCUACACUUAGCCUUUUUACUUUGAGGGGUUUUUUUUUUGUUGUUCUGAACUUUUCCUGUUACCUUUUGGGGGCUGACAUCACACAUAGGUGGUGUGAGUGUGUGUGUGUGUGUAUGUGGGGAGGGGGAUGUAAGGGUGGAGCUGGCCCUGGCUUGCAGGGCCCUGUACUUCUGGGACCCCUGGGGAGCUCUGCCUGCUGAGCCAAGCCUUCUCCACAGCUACUUGCCCAGAGGCUAUAUAGCUGAGCUAGAGGGCCAUGUCCACCCACUCUGCCCACUGUGGGUCACAUCACUCACAUCUUUUUAAUCCUUGUCCCUUUCCUGCCCCCACUUCAAGAGCUGGGUUUGUAAGCACUCUUAUGCCUUCAAUGCACCUGUUCUUUCUAACGUGUCACCUUCAACUGUAAUUACAUCUUCAAACAGUCAUUUAAUAAAGGAGGAGAAAAUCAGGCAUGCUAA